GCUGUGGAAUUUAUUUUUUUCCCAUGCACCAAUCUUCAACAGCAAAGAAAUAUAUUCGCCGCGUUUCGCGUUGACGUUAGAAAAUGUUCUCCAAUUUGUUUAUUGGAAUAUGUUUUGCUAAAAAUAAUUAAAAUUCUAUAAAUUCUUAAAUGAAUUAUCAAAUUGUAAUCGUUGUGAAAGUCGUGAAAUUCCUCUUAAUUGGUUUCCUAAACCCAAUGUUUGGUCUUCCCAAAUGGCCGAGCUAGAGUAAGCAAUCUUUUUCUACUAUCAAUUUCAAGAUUUGUGUGAAAAAUUGAGCUUCUAAGAAUUUUGUAAAAUAUCGUGCUAUAUGCGUUUUAUUUAAAUCAAAACUGUGCUUCCUCAAAUUUAACAAUUGGUGUAAAUAAUUCAAUGUAAAAUCAAAUUAAAAAGUGAAGUAGAAAUUAGCCAAAAUAGUUUUUAUUAUAAAUAUUAUCUGCCGCGUGUGUACCUACAUACAUAGUAUAUGAAAUCUUUUACACAACUUGCGCGCAUACCCUUUUCUUGUGGCACUCCAAAUUUCUUCCCUGCCGAUCUGAAAUAUGUUGCUCUUUUUUUUUUUUGAUUAUUUAUACUAAAGUUGAUUCGGAUUGUUUACAAAAUAUUGUUGAAUGUUACAAUAAUUUAUGUUGUUGUGUUUCAAUUUGUUUGAAGUGAAGUGCGAAGAUGCAUUCAGUAUUACUAAGAACUAAUAAAAAUUGAAAAAUUGUUAUGACAUCGAUUCAUCAAAUUUAUCCACAUGAUAUUAAUAUGUUUUAAUAUAUGACUAUAAAAUUGGUCUAUCCCACUAGCACCUGGAUUUAUAGCGCUCAAAUGGGUUAUCUUCGCAACCAAAAACAGGGCUUCAAUUUGAUUUUUGACGGUUAUAUGUACAAAAAAGAAGCCAGUUUUCGUUCAACAAUUAAUUGGAUAUGUUCGGAUGGAAACGGUAAACGACUUUCAGAAAAUAAAUGCUUAGCAAGGUGUAUUACCAAAUGGGAAGGUGGCAUCAAGUUAGGAAAAAAUCUCCACAACCAUCCAAGAAAGUUUAACACUUUACCAGCAAGCGUUAUUUCUCCAAAAUCAUUUCAGCAACAAUGCAAAGCUGCAGGAUUCUAAUAUAAUUUUGUUUUAAAAAAUUUGUGUUAAGCGAUCAGAUGGACAGGAAAUCAUGUUAAUCAAAGGAGAAAAAUAUAAGAAAACUCGAGCAAUGUCUUAUCGAAGUUAUUGGCAUUGUGUGCAUAAAUAUUGCAAUGCUUUUCUUAUUUUCAAUCAUUUAAAAGGUGGCUC